AUGCCAGUUUAUUUAAUCUAUCUAUCUAUCUAUCUAAAUUAUUAUCUAUUUAUUCAAUAUUUUAUCUAUCUAUCUAUCUAUGAAUCUAUCUAUCUAUCUAUCUAUCUAUCUAUCUAUGAUCAUCUGUUUAAAAUCAUAUCUAUUGCACAGUUUAAUUUUAUUUUAUAUCUAUCUAUCUAUCUAUCAAAAUUAUAUCUUAUCUAUCUAUUAUAUCUAUCUAAAUAUAAGUUUAUUCGCUAUCACCAUUCUAUCUAUCUAAAACCAUUUAUUUUUAUCUAUCUAUCUAUCUAUCUAUCUAUCUAUCUAUCUAUCUCAAAUAUUCUUAUCUAUCUAUCUAUCUAUCAUUCUAUCUAUCUAUCUAUCUAUCUAUCUAUCUAUCUGCUUUUUUUAUCUAUCUAUCUAUCUAUCUAUCUAUCUAUCUAUCUAUCUAUGUUUAUAACUAUUUAUCUAUUUACAUCAGUUUAUUUUAUCUAUCUAUCUAUCUAUCUAUUCUAUUAUUUAUCUAUCUAUCUAUCUAUCUAUGAAGUUAUUCUUAUCUAUCUAUCUAUCUAUCUAUCUAUCUAUCUAUCUAUCAUAUCUAGAAAUCUAUCUAUCUUUUAUCUAUAUCUAUCUAUCUAUCUAUCUAUCUAUUUAAGGUCAGUUUAUUUUAUCUAUCUAUCUAUCUCAAAUGUUUCUUAUCUAUCUAUCUAUCCCAUGUUUAUUUUUAUCUAUCUAUCUAUCUAUCUCAUCUAUCUAUUCUUACCUAUCUAUCUAAAUAUAGUUAUCUAUCUAUCUAUCUAUCUAUCUAUCUAUCUAUCUAUAACUAUCUAUUUAUUGACAUCAGUUUAUUUUUAUCAAAUCUAUCUAUUUUUUAUUAUAUAUUUUAGGGACAGUUUAUUUUAUCUAUCUAUCUAUCUAUCUAUCUAUAAUAUUUCUUUUAUUAUAUAUCUAUCUAGAUAUCAAUGA